ACAUGCCGGCGGAGCUGGCCGCCGCCUGGGCCCUGCUGGCCGCUGCCUUCCUGGCGGCGCUGGUGGUGCUGCGGGCGGCCCCGGCUCCGCGGCCCGGGGGAGGCCUCUCCGGAGGCCUCUCCGAGCUCUUCCAGGAUCUGAUUCGGUACGGGAAGACGAAGCGCGGCUGCGGGCAGGGGCCGGACUGGCUGCGCCGCCUCCAGGUGCCCAAGAGGUGGUUCACUCACUUUUAUGUGGUUUCUGUGCUCUGGAAUGGCUUUCUGCUGAUCUGGCUUUUCCAAGACAAGUUCCUCAGAAGGCCGCUUCCAUCAUGGAUUCAGCACAUGCACCAUGCUCUUGGCAGAGGUCUUCAGAGCAAGAACACAGAUGUCGAGCACUUCUCUGUGCUCCUGGUGCUCGUGCUGCUUUGGCUGCAUAGCUGUCGGAGACUUGCAGAAUGCCUCUGGACCAGCGUGUUUUCCAGUGGUGUCAUUCACAUUGUGCAGUAUUGCUUUGGACUCGGUUACUACAUUGCUGUUGGCUCAACGCUGCUAUGCCAAGUGCCGACUAACGUCAGGAACGGAAAAGAGCUUUCUGUGCAGAUCCGCUGGUACCACAUUGUAGGAGCUAUGAUGUACAUUUGGGCCUCUCUUCACCAACACAGAUGUCUUGUGAUUCUAGCUAAUCUUAGAAAAAGUAAAUCAGGAAAGGUCAUAAGUCUGAGCCACAGUGUGCCUGUCGGAGACUGGUUUGAGAGAGUUUCUUGCCCUCAUUAUUUUGCAGAGCUCCUCAUAUAUCUAUCUAUGGCCAUCACACUUGGAUUUCACAAUGUGACAUGGUGGUGUGUAGUGAUGUAUGUUCUUUUUAACCAGGCACUGGCUGCUGUUUUGUGUCACGAGUUCUAUCAGAAGAACUUUAGCUCCUACCCAAAGCAUCGAAAAGCAUUUAUACCAUUUGUUUUUUAGAAUAUUUCUUCCUUAGUAUGUGUAGUGCAAACUGGGAAAUGUUUUCUAUGAGGAAACAAAAGAUUUGUGAUUUAUUAAAGUCACACAUUUUCUCUUAAUUCUAGCUUAAGGGCUCAUGAUUUCAAUAAUAAUCUUAUCAGUGUUACCAAUUUAUGUGGGGAAAUAUAAGGUCUCUGCAUAUCCUACAAGCUAAAGAAAGGUUUACUGAAAACCCUAAUUCCAACUGAAGUGAUGCUAAUUGACUAUUUUCUGGUUUAUAUCUUAUGCAUGAAACACUUGCUGUUGUGAAGCAUGCCCAAAUGCAUCAACGUGAAAACUGCAUGAUGAAAAGAGGGUAGUACUACUGAUGAACUACUACUUUUCAUGCCUUGGCUAAUAUUUAGGCACACCUAGUCUCUUUUUUUUUUAAUCACUUCAGAGGGAAGCAAAUGGUGUAUUGUCUUUCUGUGCUUCCCUGUUGAUAAUUAAAACCAGUCACUGCUUUAUAACUGCAAGCACAAAAACCGGUGGAGAAAGCUGCAGUGGAGGAAUGACUCAUGCUCAGCAGUAGAGAUAAACAGACCCAUUCUCUGUAUUUUCUCUUCUGCGCCGAAGUGUUUUCAUUCAUUGCUGAAAACUCCUUGUUUAUCCCUAAACUGGGAAAAUCAUGGAAGGUUCUCUGUGUGGAUAGAUGGUAGAACAGAAUUUGCAGAAAAUCUAUGUCCUUCAUUAUGGGUCUGCCAUCCUUCUUGUAAUCCCUUGUGUGUUAGAGGGGGCAGUUAUUCAGGAUGACCGUAACCAAAACUACACUGUUUUUUAAGCAGCCUGUGAGAGUACAUGUAGCGAACUGCCAAAGCAGGUAACACACGGAGAGGCAGAGAGCACAUGGAAACCAAUGUCUGACAAGUGCUGCAAAGAAAUUCUUUACUGGGGAGAUGAUGUCACUCGGCACAGGGAUGGUUUUUUCGCACCUAACCAUUGAAUAUUUUGGUCCUUUUAUGAUACUGGAGUGAAUGACUGAUUUGCAUGAUGUAGCAUAUGGAUGCUGGUGCCUCCAUGUGUUUUCUACUUAGACGCAUACAUUAUUUUUGUGUACGAGAAUAAUUUUUAUAUACUG